GCGGUACGCCGCGCAACCCCCCCCCCCAGGUAAGAUGGCCGCGGCGAGUCGCACCUCGCGCGUGCUGGGGCCCAGCCAAAGGCUGUGCGGUGUGCCGCAGUCAGGUCGCUUCUGAAGCAUGUUAAUAAGCUCCGUGGGCUUUACCUGGUUCCCCACUCGAGUGUCCAGACCACCCCCCCCCCUCCUCGACUCCCCCUGCCUGUGUUCGCACGCCGGACUCCGAACCGAACCCAGGUCGCCGUCUCGAGGCCGCGUCCACCCCGGGGGGUGGUGGCGGGGGGGUGUGGGUGUUCAUUCCUUCAGCCCGCGUGGUGGUGAAGGAGUGGUGAGGGACUUGGGGAGGACUCGCUUGACGGAGGGAGAAAGGACGACGACGAGGAGGAGAGAGAGAAAGAGAGAGAGAGCGCCAUGGCAGAGGCGCCCCCCGUGGGUGAGGGCCUGAGCUCGGCGGCCGCGGUGCCGCUACCCGAGGGGGUGGACGGGCUGGCGCAGAGCCUCCAGGGCGGAGGUGGCGCCACGUGGGACCCGAGCCAGAGCAAGGACUGGGACACUGAGCCCGCUUCUUCGGCCUGCCUGCUGCGGAUCAAGAGGGACAUAAUGAGCAUAUACAAGGAGCCUCCUCCCGGAAUGUUUGUGGUGCCUGACCCAGAAGACAUGACUAAGAUCCACGCGUUGAUUACUGGGCCAUUUGACACCCCUUACGAGGGUGGCUUUUUCCUUUUCCUGUUCCGCUGUCCACCCGACUACCCAAUCAAACCUCCCCGUGUCAAGCUACUCACCACGGGCAGCAACACAGUGCGCUUUAACCCCAACUUCUACCGCAAUGGCAAGGUCUGCCUGAGCAUCCUCGGGACGUGGUCGGGUCCUGCAUGGAGCCCAGCCCAGAGCAUUUCAUCUGUUCUGAUCUCAAUACAGUCGCUUAUGACAGAAAACCCAUACCACAACGAGCCAGGCUUUGAACAGGAACGGCACUCGGGAGAUAGCAAGCGCUACAAUGAGUGCAUCCAGCACGAGACUAUUCGUGUGGCUGUGUGCGACAUGUUGGAGGGAAGGUGUCUUUGUCCCGAUGCCUUACGGAGUGUCAUGGAAAAGUCUUUUCUUGAGUACUAUGAAUUUUAUGAAACCGUGUGCAAGGAAAAGGUGCAUACGCAAGGCCAGGCAAUGCAGGAUCCUUUUGGGGAGAAGCGCGGCCACUUUGACUACCAGGGCUUGCUGGUCCGCCUCCAGGCAGUGCGGCAGCGGCUACACAUCCGGCUGGAAGAAAAGCUUUCCGAUCCCGACUCGGAUUCCAGCACAAGCAGCGCGGGCACAGAGAGCGAAGCUCGCAGUGUGUCCUAGCCUGGGGCUUUGGGCCGCACUCGCUACCUGCUUCACAGGCACUUCCCCGCACCUCGAGGGUUUUUGGCUUGAAAAGCAAAGACCGGAAAACUACCGACGCUGGGCAAAGACAUCUGUGAUUAAAAAAAGGAAAAGCAUGAUUUCAUAUAGUUUCAUUAUUGUUAACCUGCAUUGUUGGCUUUGAAAAUCGAAACUCUGGACGUGUGUUAGUGUGUGCCCAGAGCAGUUGCUUUGGGACAAGUCGCGCACUGAACCAACUACAUUCCCAACUCAAGCAGCACUGAAGCUCCUACCAUUCAACUCGCCGCACAUUCUAUUUUGGUGUUGGCAUUAAAUAUGCAUCUCUUUACCAAUCUCGCAAUAAUUGCAGAAGUGUUGAGGUCGGGGUCCACCAAUUUUAAAUGUAAUAGAAAAUUAUGCCCUACAUGGAGUAUCCUGCUAUGAAUGUAAUCUACAUUAUUUAAUGACAAUUAGAUGUAAUGUUUUAGCGGCACCAACAGCAAGACAUGCACUAGACUUACCCUGUGUUAAUGCACAUACCAAGUUUGCAAGUAAUCCUGUACAGCUUGGAAAGGAGCUUUAAAGGGGAAAAGUCAAUGUCAAUCACUGAAGCAGCUGCACACUCUUGAAACCACUCUACAUUUACACAAGGGAGCAGCCCCAUGAAGACUCCUAUAAUUAAUGGCACUGCAUACUUUUUUCUUAAGACAAAACCACAGCUUGGGUGUUGUCCAAACUACAAGGUGCACUUGCAACAAUUGUGGACGUUGGUAAAAGUAAUCAUUUAAAUGGUCCGUAUAUGCCAUAUUUCUUUUAGACCAUAGACCACAUCAAUUGUAUUCGUAUGCAAGUCAUAGUAAACCGCUGGUAAUUGUCGCACGUGUGAACACUGCUUUUAAGUUGUUCAUCAAUUGGUGACUGAGAAUUUUGGAAAUUGCUGACAUCUGCAGUGAUCUGGUAAUUUCUCCAGGUGUUUUCAGUUGCACUGAUGGUAAUGAAAUCCCUGUAUUCAUUGGCUUGUGCAAGGCUGUAAAGUUUUGCAGAGCAAGCUUGUACAUCUGGGAGUAAGGUCAAUGCAAAUAUUGUAAAUAUUGUAUUUCUUGUUUAGUCUUGAAAACCACAAAUUAUGAACCAAAUGUAUGCAUGUUUCAAACCUUUGCAGCUCCCUUAAAUGCAAGUUUAAGAAAUGGAGACUGGCUUCCUGAUUAUUUUUCUUGCGUGUAAUUUUCUAAUCGCAAAACAUUUAGAACUGCUUCAUGUGCAAAUUCCACUCCGUUAACAUGCCAUUUUCACAAAUCAAUGUCAUGGGCUGUUACUAUAAAAGAUUUGCAGUUUGUAAAAACA